GCAGUCAUUCAGUCAACAGCUGACUGUUGCUCUGUGUGGUUGGUAGUCAUGGCUACCAAAAGAAAGUUGUUUAUUUUUAUCUACUCCUCAAUCAUAGUGCUAAUAGUUUUCUUUAGUGCUUAUCCGUUAUUUGACAAAUUUUUAUAUUAUAACAGUGAAAUGACACGAUUAAAAGCGGUUGACUUUGAAGUUUUUGGCAAAGUGCAAGGUGUCUUCUUCAGGAAGUACACUGAAGAAAAAGCUAAAAGUUUAAAUUUAGUUGGUUGGUGUGAAAACACAAGUCAUCAAACUGUGAAAGGACAAGUGCAGGGCCCUAAUGAUGGCAUUGAAGAAAUGAAAGUCUGGCUUAGUAAGAAAGGAAGUCCGAAAAGUCAUAUUGAUAAGGCAGAGUUCAACAAUGAAAGUGAAAUAAGUGCUCUCACAUUCACAGACUUUAAAAUUCGAAGAUAAGAUAUGAAGUACCUUGAACAUUGUUGUAAAACAACAAAUAUCUCAGUUUACUGAUAUUAAAGAAACAUUGGUAAGCUGGUAUAUGUCAUGAUCUCUAGUCUUUAAUUUAUUGUAAAUAAAUUAUACAAGAUCAUGUA